AUGGGUGAUCAACAGAUCAAUAGGGUGGAAGUAAAUUUACACGAUGAAAAAGAAAUAGAAGAGAUAAAAGCAGAAAUCGAAAGACUCCUAAGAGACCUUGAUUGUCUCAGGCUUCCGGUUUUAGAACCUCCUCCCGGAGCAAUUUUGAGAAGCGGUGAUGGUAGAAGAUUAGUCAAUGUAAGUCUAGUAGCUAAAUCGGUGGCAGCAUCUCUUUUAGGAACUGGAAUAAUCACGCAGCUGCAACAAGCAGACGAAACAAGCUUCAUUCUAGAUAGAAGUUCUGAGUGA